AGUCGUGGUGUGUUGAACUUCUUGGUGCGAAAAUGAGUGCCAUAAUUGGAGUAGAAACCCUGAUUAUAACGGUAAUCAUUCUGUUACUCUCAGCCAGCUGGCGUUUGUAUCAAAGGCGGAAGUACUAUCGCAGUGUCACCUCCAAGUUCCCUAUUAUUUGCGGUAUUCCUUUAAUUGGAGCAGCCUAUCAUGUGUUUGAUGUGAAUAAAUUAUUUAAUAAUAUCAGUAACGGCUUCCAUAUCAUGAAGACAUUAACUGGUUGCAUGUGGGUAGCCGCAACGCCGUACGUGCUUACCAUCGAUCCUGAGGUUAUCAAACAUGUCACAACCUCGCCUGAGUUCCUCAACAAAGCCCCCGAUUUAUAUACACACUUCCAUAAUGAUCUAUUAAAUGGACUCAUCGUAAGUCCAGCAAAGAAAUGGAAAAUCACUCGCAAGGCCUUAAGCCCUUUCCUAGCGCAUAAUAAUGUUGUUGCCUUGUUUCCUGCCUUCAAUCAGAAUGCAAAUAACGUGAAGAAUAAGCUGGCAAUAUUGGCUGGACAAGGUGAACAGGACAUUUUUACAAUUAUCAAAGACUGCGGUUUAGAAUUGAGCCUUUUAACUAUUGUGGGCUUAAAGUUAGAAGAAGGCAGUGAGAAGCACAGAGAAACCAUGCGGACAUUUAAUGCCUUAGCUGAUCACAUAGCAAUGGACCUCGUGCUCGGUUGGUUGGGUCUGGGUUUUCUAUCUCGUACCCCACGUUACAAAAGAGUUGUAAAAUCCGUACGUAAAAUUGUACAAUCUAUAAUAGAAGAAAAUCUUUCAAAACCUGUUGAUGACAUAAACGAUUUCGAGAAAGACAACAAAACGUUGAUUGAUUUAGCGCUAAAAGCUUUACGUCAGAGAGUAUUCAGUGAAAAAGAUAUGGAAGUCGAGUGCUUCACAAUGAUUGCAGCGUCUUACGAGACCUCCGUUGGUGCGGCGUACACUUGCCUGGUGUUUUUGGCAAUGCAUCCUGAAGUACAAGAACGUCUUUUCCAAGAGAUUCGCUCUGUAUAUCCGGACGGAAUCACAUCCGUAGAAUAUGACGAUCUGAAGAAACUGCCAUAUUUGGAUAUGUGCGUAUCGGAAGCUUUACGUUUAGUUCCACCAGCAGCCUUUAUUGGUAGGCAAACUGUGCAUGACACCGAACUUUGUCCAGGAGUAAUAUUGCCCAAAGGCACGCAAGUUCUUUUAGCAAUUUAUGUAUUGCAUAGGCGUAAGGAAAUUUGGGGUCCCGACGCACAUCGUUUCAAUCCGGAUAACUUUUUGCCCGAGAACGUUGCAAAGCGUCAUCCAUAUUCUUAUAUGCCUUUCUCUAAGGGUCCACGCAACUGUAUAGCCGCUCGUUAUGCCCAAAUAACGUUACGUAUUAUAUUGAUCCACACGAUACGGAGUUUGAAACUUUCCACGACUUUCAAAUAUGAAGAUAUCAUUCUUGUGCCAAAAGUUACUUUGGGUUUUAAAACCGAUCCGCCACUACACAUAGAGGUCAGGACCAAUUAAACUAAAAAAUGUGAUAUAAUUUAUAGUAAAAUUCGUAUAUAUGUAUAGUGCUAUGUGUAAUUUCAUAUUGACUAUAACUAUUCACUUAAUUCUAGUAUAAUAA